AUGCGUUUUCGACCAAUCAGGAAGCAGGGUGUCAGUGCCUCUCCUAUAAAAAGAGCGAAGCCACGCACACCGUCACAGUCGAGCACUGAAAGAGAGAUCAACCAUGUCGUCUCGAUGCAGCUGUCUGACGUGCCAGACCAACAGUCAACAAUGCCAGCGGAGGAUGAAAGUCUAUUCGUGGACAAUAAAUGGCGACUUCAUAAUUUCACUAUCAGCGUGUACACUGAGGACCCAACCACUACCCCAACAACCCAGGCCAAGGUGUGCGCUGUGUACCCCGGGACUGUCGGGGCGGGUGCCCGGGAGGUGCUGCCUUGUGGUUCGAGAGUCAGGGGACAGUAUCUCAGGAUACAGAAGAACGAGAUGCUCGUUGACGAUGCUCUGCAGUUCUGUGAACUGGAGAUAUAUGCAACUGAGUCUUCUCUUGAUUUCGACACAAGUCCACGCACCGGAUCCUUCUUUUUGAUGACCCCCUCUCACCGUCUUGCAGGGACGCCGCUCAGUCAGCGUGUUGGAACUCGGAUACAAUGUGGGCUUUCUUGUGACCAGAUUCCACGUUGCUUCGGGUUUAACUUUCAAGCAGAACUCGAUAGUUCCAAGGGACAUUGCAAACUCAUGUCCAAUCCCGGCUCGGAUCCAGUCCACGCUCCAAGCUGGAAUUGGUACCACAAGAGGUGCUGAAUGUGAGCUUUCCUUCUGUUUAACGUGAACAGCGUCUACGAAGGGGAUAAAAACCCAUUCCGAGUUCUUGACAGAGAAUGUAAGCCUUGGACAUCGGGAUAUUGGGUCAGUCGAGGAGGAGGUUUUUUAUCAAACUUAUAAAUGAAUAUUUCUUACACCAUAUGACAUAUUGUUUUUAAUUCCUCACGGUAUAAUUCUACAGUUGUGUGUGUCGUCAUUUAUCUGUUGCACAGAACAGACCUAACCGGUAUUUGUUCGUUUGUUGUUAAACGCCACAUUCAACAUUCCAGCUAUAUCACGGUGAUCUGUAAUUAUAAACCUAUUUAUUGGGAUCUCUAUUAAGGAAGAGAGUUCUUUCUAUAGGC